UUCCGUCACCUAGCGUGGGUAGAACACCACGAUGCAGAAGACGGAGCUGCGAUGAGGAGAUUCUUUGCGCUGUUGAACGAGUGCGUGUCAGAGAACGUUCGAUUGAACGACAUGGUUUGGAACACUGCGAUAUCAUUCUCAGGGCGUUGGAUGAGAAGGGUCACGGGCGAUCGGGUCAAAGCUGCGGUGCAGACAUGGAUGCAGAUGGAAGGGGCUGGACAACAGGCAACGAAUGUGACCUUCAACAUUAUAUUCGACCUUGCAGUGCGUUCUGGGAGAUAUGCUCUUGCAGACACAAUUUUCGAAGAGCUCAAGGCCCGAAAGAUGCCGCUCAAUCGCUACUUCCGAACGUCAGUGAUCUUCUACGCUGGGAUGAAACGGGAUGGCGAUGGUGUUCGCAAAGCCUUCCGCGAGCUCGUCAAUGCCGGCGAGAUCGUGGACACAGCGGUGAUGAAUUGUGUGAUCGUCAGUCUGCUCCGUGCUGGGGAGGCUCCAGCCGCGGAGACCGUCUUUGCGAGGAUGAUACGUCUGCACGAGGAGAAGUGCGGGACCGCUCCACCCACUGAUUGGAGGGAGAUGAAAGAAUUGGGCGGGCUUCUCAAUGAGACGGGCGAGAAGCUUCGCCGAGAAGAGUCACGACAUGAAGCAUCGUUCUUUGGUGGCAAGUUCAGCAUGGGGAAGAAGCGGGAGGAACUACAAAAAGCCGCCCCAAUCGCGCCGAAUGCCAACACAUAUCGGAUCAUGAUCAAGUACCAUGCGCACACAUCGGGUGAUUUGCCAAGGAUACAUGCGUUGCUGGCCGAGAUGAAGGAAAAGGACUUCAACGUGCAUGGAAGCGUGUAUGUGCAUGUCUUGAGAGGCUUCGCGGCGCACGGCGGAUUCGCUUUCUCGGCCUGGAGCAGGAUGAGCUUGGAGAAUCUGUGG